CUGUUACCGUUUGACAAGCCACUUUGUGAUAACUAUGUAGAUCCAUCACAGUCACAUAAGUAUCAGUUUUGGGAUACACAACCAGUUCCAAAGUUUGCUGAAGCGGUUUUGGAAAAUAAAGCUAUCGAACCACCGUUGAAAAUCUCAGAUGUUCGGCAAGAGCCAUUUUCAUUACCUGAGCCAUUUUGUUGGAGUGAUCUUGAAAUCGAUAAUGAAACAGAAUUGAUGGAAUUAUACACAUUUUUGGCGGAAAAUUACGUGGAAGAUGAAGAUAAUUGGUUUCGCUUCGAUUACAGUCCUCAGUUUCUACUUUGGGCGCUCAAAGCUCCGGGAUGGAUGAAGAAAUGGCAUUGCGGUGUUCGGGUUAAAACUAGUAGGAAACUGAUUGCUUUCAUAUCUGCUGUACCUUCAGUCAUACGGGUCUAUGAUGAAGUAAUCAAAAUGGUAGAAAUAAAUUUCCUUUGUGUGCAUAAAAAACUUCGUUCAAAAAGAGUGGCGCCAGUUUUGAUACGUGAAAUCACCCGUCGUGUGAAUUGUGAGGGUAUUUUUCAAGCAGCUUUUACUGCUGGUGUCAUUUUGCCGAAACCGAUUUCGACAUGCCGAUAUUGGCACCGAUCUCUCAAUCCGAAGAAGCUCAUAGAAGUGAAAUUUUCACGACUUCCUAGAAAGAUGACUAUGCAAAGAACAUUGAAGUUAUUUAAACUUCCAGAGCAGCCAUUAACUUCAAAUUUAUCACCGUUAAUGGAACACCAUAUUGAUGAUGCGCAUCGCCUUUUGAAAAACUACCUGAAGAAAUUUUAUCUGGCUCCGAAGUUUAGCAGAGAAGAUUUUAGGCACUUUUUUCUACCACGUGAGGAUGUAAUUUAUAGCUACGUUGUCGUGAACAAAGAGAACAGAGUGACUGAUCUGAUCAGUUUUUACUCACUGCCUUCAUCGGUCCUACAUCAUGCUCGCUACAAAUCGGUUCGUGCUGCAUAUUCAUUUUAUAACGUCGCGACCUCAGUACCUCUCAAGCAACUUAUAAAUGACGCCCUGAUUUUGGCCCGAAAUUCUGGUUACGAUGUGUUCAAUGCUCUUGAUCUUAUGGACAACAAAAAAAUACUAGAAGCACUGAAGUUCGGCACUGGUGAUGGAAAUUUGCAGUACUAUCUGUAUAACUGGAAAUGUCCUGUUAUGAAACCAGAGAAAGUAGGACUUGUACUGCAAUAG